AUGGAUAUUCAUGUUCUUCAAAGCCAGCCCGCCCAGAAGGUCGCGUUUAAAGACUCUUCCACGGUUCGUGUGGGUAUUGAACUUGUUCGCAAUAAGCCACCAACCCAGCCCUCUGCUAUGCGACCCAAGCAUUUGGUCCGUGGCGGGUUCCAGCCGCGCCUUCCGACUUCGCUGCCGCCCCCAGGGCAGCAGCAGCGGCCGUCGCCGCUACCACACCGACAGCCCGUCCCGUUGAUGCCUCCCGCGCAGCUUCAUCCGGGAGCGCGCCAGGUGGUCGCUCCGGCGCCUGCGGUCCCUCUUCAGUCGCCACCGCCUUCGGAGCUGAUGGACGUCGACCCCUCAGCCGGGCCGCCUUCCCAAGCGGUGGCUGUGCAGCCUGUCCUGCAGCCGCUUUCCUUGGGCACCCCCAAGGAGUCUGACACCGCAGCGCCUUGUCCGGCGCCCACUCAGCUGCCGUCGACGCAGCGUCAGGAGACGCUGCCUCUCUUCGUGGGUCCCGACGCCCCGUCGCGUCCAGUACCAGAAGCUGCGCCCGUGGUCACAGAGUUAGAAGCAAAAUUUCUCUCCAACGAUACCAACAAGAAGAACAUAAUUGCAUUGCUGUUGACUGACAUGGAAGCCAAGGGAAUUAAGGUGAAGCUGGCAACGGAAGAUGACGAUGUCUUGUAG